ACGGAGGCUGAGCAGGUGAGGCACAGAGCUACUGAGGAGGAAGAAGAAGAUGCUGAACCUCAAUUGCGGAGCUAUGGCUGUUGCUCACAGGCCGUUGCUGAGGCCUCUGUGCUUUGCUUCGACCAGCACUAACACGGAGCAGCUGAGGACGGAGCUCGAUCAUCUCCACGCGGAGGCACAGAGCACCAGAUCGAAAGCGAACAGUGCAAGACUGCGGCUCUUACGGCUAUCUGAGGCAGCAGAGAAUCUCUGUCGACAGGCAGCUCUAAGCGUUCGGAAGGGAAAGGAGAAUGAUGCGAGGGAGUUGCUUUUCCAGAAGAAAAAGAUAAUGAAGGCCCUGGAGAAGUCUAAGUGUCGAAUCGAAUUGCUUGAUGAGCUCUACGUGAAACUAAAUGAGGCAAUAUCUAUUAAAGAAACUCAGUUAAUUGGAAAUAUUGCUGUAGAUCUUGAAAUCGUCAGGGAGAGUGAUUCGGCUGCAGUUCAUGUAGUGUCUCCAAAGGAAGAAGUCUCGGAAGUUCCACUGGGGACUGAUACUGAGGGCGAGUAUGGAGGUGAUUCUGCUUUGAAGGAGAGUCGAGCAGACCUAAACAUAGAAGAGGAGACAGAAGAUUCAGAAGUAUCUUUAGGUGUCAAUGGCAACAGUAAAGAUGAUCUCUCCAACAGCUUGAGUGAAUUUUCCUCUUAUGAGGAUUUCUUGGAAUGGCUUGAUGGUCAACUGAAGAAGAUUGAAGGAGAACUGAUUACCAUUUUAAAAGUCUCAGCCUUGGCAAUGGACAACUCAGAGAGCUCGGAAAAAAUAAAGAUCCAACAGAUAUUGGAAUUUUUUGAGAGUAUCAGGGGCACUCGAAAGAGAAUCUCAAGUAUCAUGCAGCAAAAGGUGGAGACAGGAUAGUUUACAAUAGAUAGCAUCUACAGAUGUCAUAUAAGCUUUCUAGGGCUUGGGCCAUGAAGGGUUUUUGCCACUAUUUGAAAUUGUGAGGUUUCACUGCCGAAGCAUGGUGCUGCUACAGACGGUUGCAAGCAGAAGGUCCUGAACUGCCUUAUCUUAGUGCUUCAUGGAACUCUCAGAACCGCAGCUAUUUGCGGACAACGAAGCAAGCUUUUGAUAGCUUUCCACAAAAUUUUCCUGCUAUGAGACUUUGUGUAGAAGUACAAGCGACAACCUCUCUUUAUCUUUGCAUAUCUACGAUACACAUCCUCUGCAACAACAUGUAAAACUACCUGCUUCCGUGAACAAUCAAAUGAGGAAUGAUUUUUUUUUCUUU